AUGAACUGGAUUGGCAUGCACCGUGACAUUACGAAAUAUCAGUGGAGCAUACAGUGACAUAAAUGAGUUCUUCACAAGUCCGAUCAAAGACUGCAAAAACAUUUCUUUCCGUUGGUAGAUAACAACGGCUACUGUAAGCCAACUUAACGCCGUAGGAGCUACUCGAAAUUAUGAACUCGUUUGUUAUAAAGCUACCGUAAAAGCUUAAAGUUCAACUAGUAACGAAGACUUUUAUAAUGAGGAAAUCAAUUGUUGGCCUUUUCAUAGUGCUUAUGUUAUUUGCAGCAAUAGUGGAACCUAAGCCGCAAGGGUGUUCAGCUUGUGGAUCGUCUCAUGAAGAAUUAGUAGAAAAAUGUUGCAACAAGUGUAAGUUGUGUCGAGAUAGUUUCGACGUGGAAGCACCACCAGCACCUUUUUGUCAAAAAAGUAAAAACUAUUCUUUCAACAUGGAACGAGUAGACACCCCUUGUAGUGAGCAGCUGUGUCAAACGCAUGACAUUGAAUUUGAAGCACCUUGCGAUCCGGAAUAUCCAACUUGUUCUAGGCACCAUUUUAGAGUGAGUAGACCACCUCGACCAUCGUGUGAUAAAUUUUUGGACACCUUUGACUUCGAAGUGGUGGCACCAACAACUGCUCCAGGAUGUAAAGAACUUCGACUAACUGCCAAUGUCGAGUACGAUCCCAGACACUGCGAAUGUGAUCAAUUUCGGUACGAUCAAUACAGAAACUCAUCUUUUUCCAGCAAUGGAACAAAUUUAUCUCAUAAAAAAUUAAACAGUUGUAAGCGCAGGCUGGCCCAUCGUUUGAAGCGAUCUACAUUGAAAUCUGCAAUAUCUAAACGGUUUCAAGAAGAAUUCAAUGUUCCCAAAAAUUUAACUAUACUUCCAUUGCCGAACAAGAUUUGCAAACGAUCUUUUAGUAACUUUUCGGUUGAAGAAGGAUAUGUUUGCCGUUGUGUUCCUAUAAAUCAAAGUCAAAGUUUAUUCCAAAGUGAAACUGACCAAAUAGUUAGCGCACCCACGGCGCGUAGAUUUCCCGGUUCAAACCUGCUCCCGGAUAUAUACACAGGCGAAGCAGUCUUUAUUGGUGGUGGUAAUCCGCCGAGUUAUCAAAUGCUUAAAAACUAUCUCUCCGGUGUUACAUUAUCCAAAGUAGUCUCAACCGAGGAGUUGUUUAUAGAGCUUGCUGAAAUCUACUACGAGAUUUAUAAAAUUAGUCCACAGCGGAAUUAUUCGAUUCCCUUAAAAUAUGGCACAAAAGAAACUUACGUUAACGAAAUAGGACUUCGCACGUAUAACAUAAAUCCGGUUGAAGGAAGGUACCAGCCAUCGGCGUUUAACAGCUUUGUAAGCUUUGCUAAUAACUUCUUCGGUAAAUUCAUCGAUACCGAAAGAUCCCAUUUCAAACUGUUCAACGAGUUGCGAACUAUGUCUGUUAAACAUAGACGUCUUCUUAACAGGUUUUCCCGCAUUAGAGGAAAUUAAACGAUUUAGUAACUAUCAGGUUGCCACUCCAGCCGUGCAUAAUUGCCAUUUAACAUCUUCAGUUAAAGGCCAUUGUGAUCAAAACUUAGAUAAUAAUUUAAUAACAUAUUUAUUUUGAAAUAUUUUAGCAACUAACUGAAGUCUGCAUCAUGGAGUUGAUGACAGAAAUCCAGCUAAUAUUUGAAGUGUCGAUUUUUGACGUUUGAGUGCUUAUGGUAAAAUUUCAAUAAUGUAACAGGAAAUACAUUUUAUAGUCUCAUAAUAUUACAGGAUAAUUCCUUUUUAUAGUAAAACCAAAAAUCCAUCAUCGGUGUCAGGAACCCCGAAACAAUGGAUACAUAUCUAGAUAAUAUGAUUUUUUUUUGUCUAUUUCACUUCUACCAAAAGCAGAAAU